AUGGAAGAAGAUGAAUUUCCCAUUGGUUUAAAGAUUCUUGUUGUAGAUGAUGAUGAGACAUGUCUCUUUAUAUUAGAAAGGAUGCUUCAGUCUCUGAAUUACCAAGUUACCAAAUGCCGGAGUGCAGAGGAGGCUCUAUGUAUGCUUCGAGAGGAUAAAGGCAAGUUUGAUUUAGUGAUUAGUGAUGUGCACAUGCCCACCAUGGAGGAAGGAUUCAAGCUCCUUGAGACAGUUGGUUUGGAGAUGAAAUUGCCUGUUAUCAUGAUGUCAUCGGAUGAUAAUCAUGAGACGAUGAAGAAGGGCAUCAUUCUUGGUGCUUGUGAUUAUUUGGUGAAGCCGUUCCAGAGGACGGCUCUUAGACUGAUUUGGCAGCAUGUGGUCCGCAAUAGAAGAAACAUGGUAGCACUCGCAGCUGCAGUUGCAGAGCCCAAGUCAUGCGUUUUGGUGGAAGAUGAUGAUGAUGAUGAUGAUCUUGUUGCCUCUCCAGCGAAGAAAAGAAGACGCCUAGUUUGGACAGCACAGCUUCAUCAUCAGUUUGUCACUGCUGUGAAUCAACUUGGGCAUAAAAAUUGUCAUCCAAAGAAAAUUUUGGAUCGUAUGCAGCAAAUGGGUGCUCGUGGUCUUACUAGAGAAAAUGUCGCUAGCCACCUUCAGAAAUACCGCAUCCAUUUUAGAAGGCAAAAUGAGGCAUCACAAAAUCAGAGAAGACAAUCCACAUCUACUAUUGACUCUAGUUCUAGACAACCAAAUUUCAACUUCUCAUCUUCAUCGAAUGAUUUGAUCAGACUCCAAGAUUAUGCCAAUUCAGGACAAAUGCCACUUCAAAGUUUCACUACUUUUCCACAAGUAGCGGGAGCUGUAAGUGAGAGGCCAGAACCCAAAUAUGGCAUGCUUCUUGCUGAUCGAAGAAACCUCCCUUUGGACUCGAGAACGCUGGGCGAGCCAAGAUACGAAAUGGAGUACCAAUUAAGCAACAGUAGUCCAUUACAAGCAAAUUUACAGUCUGAAAUUCCAACCACCAUGGACCUUAAACACCAAAUUUUGUUACACGAACAACAACAGCAACAAAAACAAGAAGAAGAAGCUCAUCUUCAAAUCCUUGGAAACAGGGGCUUGCAAGUAAUUAGUGAAGGUACAAGUAUUCAGAAGAACACAACAUCACUAGGGGAGAACUCACCUAGAGUCGAUGGAAAUCAGAGUCACCAUUUGACCUUGAAAGACAUUGCACGAGCAAUGCAGAUGGUAAAUGGAACUGCGCCUGCUAAUCAUGAUAUUGGUCAAAGUCAGACUAGUCUGAACCAGGAUGUGACAGAAUGUAAUGCCACAACAUUCUAUCCCACAACACACGAGAGUACACCUUGUGGAGAACAUUAUAAUUUCUACAUAAAUGAAUCUUGUUUUGGCAUCCCUACAGUAGAGGAACAGCAUUAUAAUAAGGACAUGGGGAGUAUUGUUGAUGAGCAUUCCAAUUGGGACAAGUUGUUAGUUGAUGAUUCUCAAAGGUUCAAGGCCGGAAGCUGUUUGUAUGAUCAACCAAGUUUUGAGGCUUUAAUUUAUGCGCAAAACCAUGUUGCUAUCGAUGAUUACAUGCCAAGACCAUUCAUAGAGAUUUCUUGUUUUCUCCUAUUUGCAGGAAGGAACUGGGCUGGCUGCGCGAUAUCAAAGAUAAUAGGGAUUCCCAAUGCAUGCUUGGGUUGGGAGGGAUAA